AUGGAUACAAAUAUUCAGCGGGCGCUGAACGACAAGCUAUAUGACAAGCGUAAAGUUGGGGCACUCGAACUUGAGAAGAUAAUACGAGACCUUGUUGCUUCCGGAUCGUUCGAGCGCAUUAAAGAUAUCCUUGACCAGUUGUGUAAUGAUUAUGCUUACGCGGUUCAUCAACCACAUGCUCGAAAUGGAGGCUUGAUUGGCCUGGCCGCAGCAGCGAUCGCGCUUGGCACGGCGCUUCCUGACUAUCUUGUAAACAUUGUUCCUCCUGUACUUGCCUGCUUCACUGAUCAGGAUGCGCGAGUCCGAUACUAUGCAUGCGAGGCGAUGUAUAAUAUAGCUAAAGUAGCUAAGGGCGAGAUACUGACUUAUUUUAACAGUAUAUUCGAUCAGCUAUGUAAACUUGGGGCGGAUUCAGAAUUGUCUGUCAAAAACGGAGCCGAGCUCUUGGAUCGACUUAUAAAGGAUAUUGUAUCCGAGUCUGCUGCGUCCUACAUUUCAGUCUUGGAAACUUCUUCGAGCGUCGGAGAUAAUACAGCUACGGAUGAGCAUCAGCAAAACUUACCUACAGCCUUUUCAUUACAACGCUUUAUCCCACUACUCAAAGAACGAAUUCACGUCAUCAACCCAUUCACUCGACAGUUUCUCGUUGGCUGGAUUACACUUCUAGACUCAAUCCCAGAUCUAGAGUUGGUAACUUAUCUCCCAGAAUUCCUUGGUGGGAUCCUCAAGUUCCUUAGCGACCAAAAUGUCGAUGUUCGUGUGGCUACACAAACCUGCCUUGACAAGUUUCUCAACGAAAUCAAAAGAAUCUCCCACGUCAAAAGAGGACUGGUUGAGAAUAAGAGAUUCAAAGAAGGCGGUAAAAGGAAGCGUCAAGAAUCUAUGGAUAGUGCGGGUGGUCGCCUCCAACUGGAUGAAGGAGAUGAACUCGAUUCUGAUGCCCUAAAUGACGAUGACGAGGAUAGCCUGGAAGAGGACUGGAUCCCUGGCCAGGAUGUGGAAAUCAACUACAAAGAAAUUCUGGAUAUUCUUACAGCUACUCUUGAUUCCCCCUUGGAGGAGGACUGCCUACUCGAAUCGCUCAGAUGGAUUGUUGAAUUUCUCGAUAUCUGCCCUGAAGAAGUGCUGCCAUUCACACCCAAGAUCUUGGCUCAUAUGCUCCCAGCAAUGGCCAGUACCAAGGAGACUAUUCGCCUUGCGGCGACCAGAGUCAACACUUGUCUCAUGGACUAUGUGGUAUCUUUGUCAGAUGAAUCCGAUGUCAAUGUAACGCAGGCAGCAGCAUCGAACGUUCGGCUGUCGUUGUCACAAGAAAAGCAGGAUAGCAGCAGCGUCGGUCGGACAUCGCUAUCCAAUUCCAGGGAUAUCGAAAUCCGUAGCUCAACACCGGGAAGUGGCCGAGUGUCUUCCACUGCAAUCGCCACGUCUGAUGCAACCCAAAUUCAAACCAACCUCGACUAUACUGCUGCUGUCAAUUCGCUUACCUUGCUUUUCUUAAACGACCACGAAGCUACACGUGUGGCCGCCCUAACUUGGCUCAUCAUGCUGCACAGAAAGGCCCCACGCAAGGUAUUGGCCUUCAACGACGGCACCUUUCCAGCGCUUCUGAAGACCCUCUCAGACCCUUCAGAUGCUGUCGUCACUAGAGAUUUACAAUUGCUGUCUCAAAUUUCUCGCAAUAGUGAAGACGAUUACUUCGCCAGCUUCAUGAUCAACUUACUGCAACUAUUUUCUACAGACCGUAAAUUAUUGGAAACUCGAGGUAACCUCAUCAUUCGACAGCUCUGCAUCAGCCUCAGCCCAGAGCGCAUAUACCGAACGCUGGCCGAUUGCAUAGAAAAAGAAGAAGAUGUUGAAUUUGCUAGCAUAAUGGUGCAAAAUCUGAAUAACAACUUGAUUACUGCACCUCAAUUAGCAGAAGUCCGCAAGCGGCUGAGAAAUUUAGAAACAAAGGAUGGUCAGACUUUAUUUGUGGCUCUGUUCAGGUCAUGGUGCUACAACGCAGUUGCAACGUUCUCUCUGUGCCUUCUUUCCCAGGCUUAUGAGCAGGCAUACAAUCUAUUACAAAUUUUUGGAGAAUUAGACAUGACUGUCAACAUGCUGAUUCAAGUCGACAAGCUUGUUCAGCUCAUUGAAUCGCCCGUCUUUACAUGCAAGUCUUUACUCCAGCCCAAUUUUAUUAUGAGAUAUCUGCGUCUGCAACUGCUAGAGCCUGAGAAAUACCCGUUCCUCUACAAAUGCAUGUAUGGGAUUCUCAUGCUUUUGCCGCAGUCAUCUGCGUUUGCUGCAUUAAAAAAUCGACUCAACAGUGUCAGCUCAAUAGGUUACCUGCAAAUCGCCCCACGAAGGUGCGCCGACGUCGUCAAAUUAUGA